AGGCAUAGUUUAUCCUCCUUUACUCCACUAGGACUUGUGGAGGUUAAACAGAUGAUUGAGAUUGUAAUACUUAGGGGCGGAGCUAGCAUGUUGGAGUGAACGGCUGUGUGUGAGAGGCUCCCGCAACUUUUUUGCGAAAUAAUCUAACCUAACUUACUUUAUUGCACUUGUUACAACAAACUUUUCUUUCUAAUACAAUAUUGUAACUUUCUAUGUGAAAAUGCAUAGUAAUAAGCGACCAAAGGACAAUAAAUCCACAUCAGAGGCCUACUCCACACCAAACAACGAGACAAACAUGGCGGAAGGCACAGGUAACAACGUGACACUUACAGAACUUACCCGGGCUUUGGGAGAACUACGUGUUGCUAUAGCGGAGGAUCUUAAGGCUACUAUUGCUGAACUGGAGACUAAAAUCGAGAGCACCAUUCGAACGGUCGCUUCGCAGGGCCAGAGUAUUGUGGACCUUGAGAAAGCUUCUGAAUUCAACGCAGAGUCCCCCAGCAAGAAGAAUAAGUCUGAGAUGGGAGUGGCAGGGGAUGGCAGUGGUGAUGAGGAUAAGAUGGAUGUCCAGGAGACCACUGAGGAUGAAGAUCUGGACCCGAACGAGGAGAUGAGUGCGGAGGAAGACUCCUCCCAUCACCAUGUCACACAGCAAAAACGUCCCUUUGGUAAAAUGUUGAUGGGGGACAUGAGUGUGAACACACCCAAGACGGUCGGUGUUCGCUCCCUAGAGACGGGAGAUCCCAGUUUGGACCUACGGAGUCGCAGAUCCAUUCACACAACAGAGGAGCUGGAAACAGAUCGUCUCAAAGCCGAGAGAGUGGAAACGUCUAGAAAAGCUGCUUCUGGUACCAAGUCUGCAACCCAAUUCAGACCCCUGGCGAACCGACCAGAGGUUCUGACUUACAAGACUAGCAGCAUGGCAGAGUACAGGGAGAAGAUGGAGGGGAAAGCCGAAAGCACUGGAUUGGCCAGAGCUAACCACCGUAGCAUGAGAGUGUACCCCACCUCUGAAGAGUCCUACAAAUCAAGCUGUCGGGUGAACAAUAUUCCUACUCGAAAACAAACCACGCAUCUCCAAAAACAAGAUAUUAAGAAAUCAGCUGUUAUCAAGGCAAAUCCUGGGAAAACAUCUGGGGGGUGCAUGUGGAGGCUGUGUCAGGUUCUGGUGCUGCUUGUCUCUGGUGUUCUGGGUCUCCUGGCCUUCCAGCACCUCCCACUGCCCCACAGGCCUUCAGGAGGUCGUGAGCAUUCAGCCUGGCCUGUGAGAGCGGGGAAGUUUGCUGCUCAGUUAUCUGCCCUGGAGGCCCUGUUCCCCGGCCAGCGCUCUGAGCUGUGGAGGAGGAGCAGGAUCCACCUGGAGAGGCACCUCCAGACAACCCAGCCCACAGAGCCAGUCAGCCUGAUGCUGACAGCAGGCCGCAGGGGGGAGAGGACGCUGCACUGCCUUGCCCUGCGCCUGGCCAGAGCCGUCUCCUCUGCCCUCAACUCCUCCUCCAUCCUCCACAUCGACGGGGCCAGCAAGACUGGCCAGGACAGCGACCAGGUCAAGCUGGACAUCGACACCCAGCUGCGGGGUGCCUUCGAGGGGGACCAGUCCGUAGCCGUCGUCCACCGCUUUGAAGAGCUGCCCCCGGGCUCCACGAUCAUAUUCUACCGCUACUGUGACCACGAGAAUGCCGCCUACAAGGAGGUGUUCCUGCUCUUCACUGUUCUGCUGCCUGAGGUGGAGUUAGGGAAAGAGCUCAGUCUGAAUGAGGUGGAGGAGAGGGUCCGUGACUAUAUUACGGCCAGAUUUGUAGAAAGUAACAGCUCAACCAAACCAGGCACCUUCAAUAGCAUGGACCUGGACAAGCUGAGUGGACUAUGGAGCCGUAUCUCCCACCUUGUCCUGCCGGUGGCAGAAGAGAAAAACAUAGAGCAGGGAGUAUGCAUGGGCUGAACUGGCAGCUACAGGAGACGUCUGGCUAGGUAGGGACUGGCUCGCUGGGCUGGGCUCCUCUCCGUCUUUAUGGAGCUCUGGAGUCGCUGGGGCUCUGUUGCUGAGGUGUGACGGUGCGAAGACACACCGAGGCGCUCUGCGUGUCUCUGGGACUGUGGGACUUCACAGGUGAACCUAGGACCUAGAGGUGAAAUCUUCCAGAGGUCGUGUGCUCUUUUAAUAGAGAUUUCUAUGCUGACGGAUCCAGACCAACAUUAAGAUUCAGCCCAACUGCACUGUUUUUAGUUUUAACUGAACUGUCCUCUGUUUCUGGUCCUCUGUCCUUUUUUCUGAUCAUUUCACAACUGCCAGCUGCUGAAAUGAGGAAGUAAUUAGAGUGAGUGUCUGGGUUGAGGACAACAGUUUGUUGAGGGUUGUUUUAUUCCAGACCGACAGUUUGCUUUAUAGGGAAGAUGUACAGCAUUGAUUUUUAUAAUAAGAUAUCUACUGUUUUCAUGUUUUUCUUAUUUUGUUUUUUCUACUGUGCUGAAAAAUAAAAUUGUUACCUUGUUUUUAAUUGAAAAAUAUAGUCCUUUUGGUAAGCAAUUUAAAGUGAUUGUUUAUGCAUGAAAUGUUAUUGUUUUCCUAAUUUUGUAGAUUCCAGACUUCACCACUGAUCCAUGCAUUGGUAAAAUGACUGAAACUUUUUCUGCUGUUAAAUGCUCAUGUAUACAUAUUUUAAAAUAUAAUUUCAAUACCUCCUCUCCCUGCAUAUUUGUCUGAAAUGUCUUGCACUAAUUGUCUGGUUUUACAUUUUCAACCUACCAGCUCACCCCAAGGAUUUGGCAGACAUGAAGACGGUAAUAAUCGGCGUUUGGGAUGCUGCAUUAGGCUUGUGUCACGUGUGUUAUAGUGUAGUAUUUGCUUAAUUAAAAGUGUUAUUAAAUAACUGUAUAUUGGGAAUAUUUUGAGGUACAGAAAGGAGUUGUUGAAUAUGAUACUUUUCACACUGGGAGGAGAGAGAUCGCUGUAAUUGAUCAUAUUCUUACUGCUAUGAUGCUUGUUUGUUACACGAUUCCCCUCAAAAUGCUUGAGUAGCUUGAUGAAGUAAACUAUUCUAGAUUAUUGCAGAAUAAAUGUUGGCAUAAUUUAAACAGAUACAUAGUACAAUAUAUUUGCAGUAUAAUUUGAACUGAUUGAAACAUUCUUAAUCAAAAUGUAUAUUACAUAACUGGUAUUGCCAGUCAGAGAUUGUGCCUUACAGAAUAUUUUUUAUUAGUGAGAUUUAGAUUAUAUUUGAUAUGUUGUACCAAAAUAAUCAGUGUUGAAGAUGAAAAUUUAACCAACCUGUCCCUGCACCAACUCUUUUCUUUCCACCCUGAAAUGUUUAUGCUCUGUUGGAACUAAGAUGUUUAGUUUUGUAUUGCGUUCACCAACUAAGUACGUCCUUUGAUUGUUUUGGUUUUCCUAAAAUAAUAAAAUUGUUGAAUAGUU